AUGUCGUACCGGGACGCCAAAUUCACUCUAUUCACCUACUUUCGAUCAUCCUGCUCGGCCCGCAUACGUACCGCUGCGGCUUUGAAAAGCAUCGAGCUCCAUUAUGAAUAUAUCAACCUGGUCAAAGGAGAACAGAGCUCACCGAGCUAUACCUCACUCAACCCCUCUGGAGCAGUUCCAACUCUCAUCGUGGAGCUGAGCGACGGACGCAAAGUAGUUAUACGCCAAUCCACUGCGAUUCUCGAGUUUUUCGAAGAAGUUUUCCCCAACACCACUCCACUCCUGCCGAGUGAUCCUGCCGAGCGAGCACAAGCACGUGAGCUUUACAAUAUACUGGCGGCUGAUUUCCAGCCGCGGACCAACCUCUGCAUCAUCAAGAGAGUUGGAAAGUUUGGUAUCACGGCGCCAGAAUGGUGCAAAGAGCAGAUGUCUCCGGUAUUGCGAGCAUACGAAGAGAUCCUCCAGCAUUGCGCCGGCAAGUACUCGGUUGGAGACAAUCUGAGUUUGGCUGAUGUCGCCUUGGCGCCAGCGGCAGAAGGGGCUCUACGCUGGGGAGUUGAUUUGAAAGAAUUCCCUCUGCUACAUCGAGUAUUUGAAAACAUUCGGGUGUUGCCGGAAUUCGUGCAGGCAGACUGGAAGCAUCAAGAGGACACGCCUGCAGAAUUUCGAGCUUGA